AUGAUCAAGGACGACAGUGAGAACAAAGAGAUGGCUCCUUUGAUGGGCAAGAAAGCGAACCCCCCGGGGACUCCACCCUCCGGGCAGCCAGAGAAGAGGCCGUCUGAAGGCACCCCCCCAAAGAAAAGGCAGAAUGCCGUCAUCAUCCCCAACCUCGGCAGUUCCCACUUUUUUCUCGAGAUUGAAGGCUUGGAGAGUAACGUCACCCCGAAUCGGACCUCGCCGCCAGUUUUCUCCAAACCGAUGGACUCCAACAUCCGCCCAUGCGCCUCUGCCAACUGCGAAGAUAUGGAUUCUCCCCAGUCUCUCCAAGACGAUAUGACGGAGUACACGCCAAAUGCAGACAGCUGUUGCACCAAUUUAUCUCAAAGCGUUCAACAAAACAAUCGCCGCAAAAAGCUGAAGAAAUACUUGUUCAGGGCCGUGUCAGAGGGCAACGUCGAAGAACUCCAGCGCCUCCUUGUAGAAGUGAAGGAUCGGUCCCACAUGUGCAGGAACCUGACCGUCCAAGACUACCUGAUGAAAAAAUUGACCGCUUCGGACACAGGAAAGACCUGCCUUAUGAAAGCCUUAUUAAACAUCAACCAAAACACAAAGGAGAUUGUGAAUGUCCUCCUUUCAUUUGCAGAGGAAACCCAGAUUUUGGACAGGCUGAUUAAUGCGGCGUACACAGAAGAGGCAUACAAAGGGCAGACAGCAUUAAACAUCGCUAUCGAGAGAAGGCAGUUUGACAUUACUCAGACCCUGAUUGAGAAGGGAGCAGACGUGAACGCCCACGCCCAGGGGGUCUUCUUCAACCCUAAACGCAAGCACGAAGGUUUUUACUUUGGCGAAACCCCGCUGGCCUUAGCUGCCUGCACCAACCAGCCGGACAUUGUUCAGCUGCUGAUGGACAAUGGCAAGACGGACAUCAUGUCCCAGGAUUCGAGAGGGAACAAUAUCUUGCACGCCUUGGUGACCGUGGCAGAAGAUUCUAAAACGCAAAACGACUUUGUGAGGACGAUGUAUGACACCAUUCUCUUGAAGAGCAAAAGCCGAGCCUUGGAGAUUAUGAAGAACAAGGACGACCUGACGCCUUUGCAGCUGGCUGCGAAGACGGGGAAGCUGGAGAUACUGAAAUACAUUCUGGCCAGAGAAAUCAAGGAGAAAGCCCACCGAAGCCUUUCCAGGAAGUUCACAGACUGGGCUUAUGGGCCUGUCCAGUCCUCCCUUUACGACUUGACAGAGCUGGACACCACCUCCCCCAACUCCGUCCUGGAUAUCAUCGUGUACAACACCAACAUUGGGAAUCGCCACGAGAUGCUGGCGCUGGAGCCGCUGCACUCCCUCCUGCGGAUGAAGUGGAAGCACUUUGCCAGACAUGUGUUUUUUCUCUCGUGCACCUUAUAUUUCAUGUACAACGUGCUCCUGACGCUGGUUUCCUACUACAGGCCUAAUGAAGAGAAGCCUCCUCCAUAUCCUUUGGCUUUCACAGACAACUUGGACUGGUUGCAGUUGACGGGGCAAGUGAUUGUCAUGCUGGGGGCCAUCUUUAUUGCCAUCAAAGAGAGCGUAGCCAUUUUCCUGCUCAGGCCCUCUGAUCUUCAAUCAAUUCUAUCGGAUGCCUGGUUCCAUUUUGCGUUCUUUAUCCAAGCUCUGCUGGUCAUCUUCUCCGUCUGCUUGUACCUGUUCUCGUACACGGAACACCUGGCCUGCCUCGUCUUGGCCAUGUCCCUCGGAUGGUCCAACAUGCUCUACUUCACCAGGGGCUUGCAGUCCAUGGGAAUCUACAGCGUUAUGAUUCAACAGGUCAUCUUGCAUGACGUGAUCAAGUUUUUACUGGUGUAUCUCGUAUUUCUGCUUGGAUUUGGCGUAGCCUUGGCUGCACUGAUCGAUCCUCAUCCAGAUGAUGCUAAGUGCCAUUCCAACAGCACCCUGGGGGACGUGGUGAUUCAGCUAUUUGAGCUCACCUUGGGACUGGGCGACUUGGAGAUGCACGACAAGGCAAAAUACCCCGUGCUCUUCCUGCUCCUUCUCAUCUCCUACGUUGUCCUCACCUUCGUCUUGCUCCUUAACAUGUUGAUUGCACUGAUGGGAGAGACGGUGGAGGAUAUAUCCAAGGAGAGUGAGCAUAUCUGGAGACUCCAGAGAGCAAGGACCAUUGUGGAAACGGAAAAACUUUUACCAAAAUGGCUAAGGAAGAAAUUCCAGCUGGGAGAAUGGUGCAAAGUUGCCGACAACGAUACCAGGUUAUGUUUAAGGAUUAAUGAAGUCAAGUGGACCGAAUGGAAAACUCAUGUUUCCUUCAUCAAUGAAGACCCUGGGUCAACAGAUUACGAUCGAAUGCAAGACGCAUCGAGAAGCAACAGUAAAAUCACUUUGAAUAACUAUGAAGAAAUCGAAGAUUUGCCAGAAACCUCUGUUUAG